GGCGGGCAUCACGCACCCUUGGGUCUGGGAGAAGGCCUCCUACGGGAAGCGACCUGGGAGUUUGUAGACUGACUGGCGGUUAGCUGGGAAGAAAGGAAGAGGAGAGAGCAUUCCAGGCGGUGCGACUGUCACGCUGUCAGGAUGGCUGCGUUGUAGCAGGUAGCACAGUAGGGUGGUGCCUGUGAUGAAGAAGCAAGAGCCCAAACUUGGGAACGAGAUCCAGAGAUCUGACAACAUCAAAGCUGCAGGAGAAUGGACAGUGAGGUACAGAGAGAUGGAAGAAUCUUGGAUUUGAUUGACGAUGCUUGGCGAGAAGACAAGCUGCCUUAUGAGGAUGUUGCAAUACCACUGAAUGAGCUUCCUGAACCUGAACAGGACAAUGGCGGCACCACAGAAUCUGUUAAAGAACAAGAAAUGAAGUGGACAGACUUAGCCUUACAGUACCUCCACGAGAACGUUCCCCCCACAGGAAACUGACACUGGCUCCUUUUUCAUGGAUGGAUUUUUAAAAAAUAUGUAGAUACAAAAUGUUUUCUUUCAGUCUGCUAAUUGAAAUCUUUUAGUAGUAGAUCAGCACUCAAAAAUGUGCACCCACUUAGUUUGUGGCAGCAGAGUGCAUUGUGGAAAUACUCACCGGAACGAGGAACUGAUUGAGAGUUCUCAGGAAUGCAGACUAUUUGGCCCUUUGACCCUAAAGUUCGUCAUUCACUGGCUUGUGUUUGAACAUGACUGGUUAAACAUGUGCCUUUAACUCUGAUUUUGCUUUGCUAUCAGAGUUUAACGCAUCCCAACCGCUCUUCUGUGUCCCGUAACAUGGUGAUUGAAGAUAUGAGAGGGAGAGGCAAAGAAGAGGAAGCCAGACAUGAGAAUUACUACUGUCUCAUACAGCCUAAUUCUGAGAAGAUUCUGAGUGAUGUGUGUGAAGCCUAUAGAUGUAAUGGAUAGAUAGACAGCCUGUUCAUGGGCUACAGGGGUUCCCAAGAUUCCCCAUGGUAUUUUCAAACUUUGGAUACAUUUACAGAUUAAAAGGUUAUCUAAUAGUUACCUUUGCUCUCCCUACAACUUCCUUUGGUACCACGGGAAUGGACCACUAGCCACUUUGGCUAGAUGGACCACUAGAUUCUGGUGUUUUUGUUGCUGAGGAAGAUUCGCCCUGAGCGAACAUCAGUGCCAGUCGUCCUCUAUUUUGUAUGUGGGUCACCACCACAGCAUGGCUGCUGACAAGUGGUGUAGGCCCACACCUGGGAACUGAGCCCCGGCUGCCGAAGCAGAACAUGCCAAACCUGACCACUAGGCCGUGGGGCCAGCCCCUGGACUGCUAGUUUUAUCCAGCAAUGGCAUUUCUUAUUUUCUCAAAGCCCUUUCAGAUGUAACUGAAACACUGUGGAGUCAGGAUUUAGUUAUGCAUUUGAAUAAGAAAUUUUAUUCUGUAGAACCCAUUCAUGAACAUUUAUCCCCUGGAGUUAUUUGCCUAUGUUAAGUGGUAUUGAGUGGUGUGUCUGUUGUUCUCUACCCAGAUCAUAAACUCUAGGAAGAGUCCCUGGGUUAUACAUCUGUAUCCCUCAUUGAAAAAGGAAAACACUGAAUAAUGGAAAUCUC